CUCGUCUGCCAGCCCUCGGCUAUCAAGCUGUUGAUUUUUUUUAUUAAUUAUCACUCUUAAUUUUCUACAACAGAGCUCUCUGUUUACUUCUCCAAGCGUUUCACUGCCGCGUGUUGUUUUGUCAUUGAUUUUGGAGUAUUUUGAAUUUCAGUUGGUUAAUGGCGCUCAGCUGGCGAUUUUCGGUGCUGAUUAUCUUCGCAGCACGGCCGAAGUAGACGCGCCACUUUGCUUUCGCUUUCAAUUUCUUUCUGCUCGUGUGUUGGUGAACGCGCUGCUCUGCUCUGCACGAUCUUCCAAUAAACGCUGCAGCCAAAUAUCGGCUGUCGGUGAGUCUUGCGCUGAACGCAGUGGCGGCUAAUAGUUGCUGUUAGGUGCUAGAGUGCUUCAGCUGUGCCGUUGGUGAAGUCUUUAUAGCGCGUCUUGCCUUUCAAUCGCAAAAUAAGGAAUUUCCAAAGGUUUUCUUGCUUUUAAAUAUCGAAGUUGAAAUUUCGUAGUGUUUUGUUUUUGUUUACAUAAACAGCUGAGCAGCGCGCGCGCCGUUUUGCAAUAACGCGUUAAGGUUGUAAGCGUUUUGAAUCUCACAUAUACAUACAUACAAACAUCUGUGCAUACCUCACAAAAGUCAAGCUAGUCAAACUAACCACUUUUAGUUUAUAAAAAACAAAAAAAAAACGAAAAGUAACUUCGUAAAAUAGCGCUUACCAACGCAACUACAACAACAAUAACGACUAAGAAACCGGUGCUACAACUAUAGCGCGCUGUCCACCAUUCUUACAAGAAUCUGCACCAAAAGCCAGUGCGACCCUGUGUUCGUGUGUGUGUGUGUUUAUGUGCUCACUUAAUUUUGUGCCUAUUUGAGCAUAAAAGGAAAUCGCCGCUGUAAUGGCUCCCAAGAAAGAAGCAACCUUGAAUUUGCAGCAACAACAACAGCAACAAGUUUUGGAUAUCGAGCGUAUAAAGCGACAUUUUAGCUGGUCCGAUCCAAAUGCAAUUUCCAGUGAACCCGCCAUGGCCACAAAUAAUGAUGGCGGAACACCAGCACAAUGGAAUCGGAACUCACAGGCUGCCGUAUCGGUGCGACACGCCUUCAAAACGUACGGCAAGAAGAAGAAUGCCAUUCCAGUGUUGAAUAAUCUAAUGAUGACCGUACCAAAGGGCACAAUCUACGGCCUGCUGGGUGCUUCAGGUUGUGGCAAGACCACACUACUUUCGUGCAUUGUCGGUCGACGUCGCCUGGAUUCGGGCGAAAUUUUCGUGCUCGGUGGCAAACCAGGCACUCGCGGUUCGGGUGUGCCCGGCAAACGUGUCGGCUACAUGCCACAAGAGAUCGCCUUAUAUGGCGAAUUCUCUAUACGCGAGACAAUGAUGUAUUUCGGUUGGAUAUUCGGUAUGGACUCUAAAGAGAUCGUGGAGCGCCUACAGUUUCUCUUGAAUUUUCUCGAUUUACCUUCGGAGAAGCGUUUGGUAAAGAAUUUGAGUGGUGGUCAACAGCGACGUGUCUCCUUCGCAGUGGCAUUGAUGCACGAUCCGGAAUUGCUGAUUUUAGAUGAGCCCACAGUUGGUGUGGAUCCGUUGUUGCGUCAGAGUAUCUGGAAUCAUUUGGUGCAUAUCACAAAGGCUGGCCAAAAAACAGUUAUCAUCACAACACAUUACAUUGAGGAGGCGCGCCAGGCACACACGAUCGGUCUCAUGCGUUCGGGUCAUCUGUUGGCCGAAGAGUCGCCAAGCGUUUUGCUGUCCAUGUACAAAUGUAUUAGUUUGGAGGAGGUCUUUCUGAAACUGUCGCGCAUACAAAGUCAGAAGGGUGAAAUCUCGAAUGUGAACUUUAGUAAUAAUAUCUCAUUACAUGCCAUGGCGUUCGGCAGUAAAAUGGAUAAGCCCAGCUCGAGUCAAGAAGGCGGUGUUGUCGGAUUGAACUUCCAUCAGAGCAAAGAAGUGCUGAUCAACGAAACGAAUGGAUCUGUCUUUACGUUAAAUCAAGAACCCUACGAUCCGCCCCAAAUAAAACGCAGCAAACCCAAUGAUGAAGAGAGCUGCCAGGAUUGCUAUGCGAAUUUGUGUAAGGUCACAACUAAGGGCAAAAUGAAGGCAUUGCUAACCAAGAACUUCCUGCGUAUGUGGCGUAAUGUCGGCGUUAUGCUGUUCAUAUUCGCCUUACCCGUUAUGCAAGUGAUACUCUUCUGUUUGGCAAUUGGACGUGAUCCCACUGGCUUGAACUUGGCAAUCGUCAACAGUGAAAUGAACAACACAAGCAUCUGUCAUUGGGAGGACUCUUGCCACUUCACAAAUCUCGGUUGUCGCUAUUUGAGCCAUCUAAAUGACACCAUGGAAAAGACAUACUACACGGACUUGGAAGAGGCCAAAGAUGCGGUGCGUGUGGGCAAAGCUUGGGGUGUGGUCUACAUAACGGAGAACUUUACGGACGCUUUUGUGGCGCGUGUUGCAUUGGGACGUGACGCGGAUGAUGAGACCAUUGAUCAGUCGGAAAUAAGAGUGUGGCUCGAUAUGUCCAAUCAGCAAAUCGGUAUUAUGCUAAAUCGUGACAUACAGCUGGCCUAUCGUGCUUUCGCCAUGAACUUAUUGGAUCAAUGCGGCAACAAUCCCAAGCUCGGCGAUGUGCCAAUACAAUUUAGAGAUCCCAUUUAUGGCACAAUGAAUCCAUCAUUCACAGAUUUCGUUGCGCCCGGUGUGAUAUUGACCAUUGUGUUCUUCUUGGCUGUUGCAUUGACGUCAUCCGCUUUAAUCAUCGAACGCACUGAGGGUUUACUCGAUCGUUCUUGGGUUGCCGGUGUCACACCCAGUGAGAUACUCUUCUCGCAUGUCAUCACCCAAUUCGUCGUCAUGUGUGGCCAAACAACGCUUGUACUUAUAUUCAUGUUGGUCGUCUUUGGUGUAACAAAUAAUGGCGAACUCAUUUGGGUCAUUGUGCUGACACUCUUGCAGGGUAUGUGCGGCAUGUGCUUUGGCUUUCUCAUCUCAUCGGUAUGUGAGUUGGAACGUAACGCCAUACAAUUGGCGUUGGGCUCAUUCUAUCCAACAUUGCUGUUAUCGGGAGUGAUUUGGCCCAUCGAAGGCAUGCCUAUUGUGCUGCGAUACAUAUCGCUUUGCCUGCCGCUAACACUCGCUACCACAUCGCUGCGCUCAAUAUUGACGCGCGGCUGGCAGAUCACCGAGAUGGCUGUGUACUCCGGCUUUCUGAGUACGCUCGCGUGGAUUUUCGGCUUCCUGAUACUGACGCUGGUGGUGCUGCAAGCGAAACGUGGAUAGAAUCUCUUCGUGUUUUUGCAACAGCAAAUUGGAAGCAACAAAUUAAUUUAAUAUCUAUUAUUUUUUUUUUUAUUAAUUAAACUUACGAUACUAGAAAUUGUACAGAAAUGAAAUUAAGAGCAAAGAAAAAAAAAUGGGAUUGCUAGAAAAAUCCAAAACUGUAUCUGUGUAUGUACAUAUGUAUGUAGUAUAUGCAUAUGGCUGGCAGAUCGCACAAGAGAUCUUGUGUAAAGUGGAAAGUGUCGAUCGAAUUGUAGCUGAGUUUUUAGUUGUAGCGCGUAAAUAUUAAUUAAAGAAAAAACAACAACAAAGCAAAAAAUAUAUAUAAAUACAAAAAACAACAACAAUUGUUUAAGGUGUCUUGUCCUAAUGUUAGCAUUAAUUCAUAUUAAGCAUACUAUCUAGUUUAUUUCGCACCCACAUGCACGUACACAGAAAAUUAAGUGUGGAGAGAACAGCUUGAAAUUUCAAAUAAAAGUGUGAGAAAGAGGUCGCAAGUGUAUUUCAUUGAUUUAGAAAAUUUUCAAAAUAUUAAAAAAAGUUAAAAAAUUGUUAAAUUAUUUUCUACAUUUUCGAAUUUCGGUAAAUGGCAAACUAUUCUAAAAUUGUACUCAAAUUGGCAAUGCUUUCAAAAAUAUUGUAGCUUUUGCGCAGCUUAACUUAUUUUUAACAUAAAAGCAAGAAAGCGCUCCCGACCAUUUGGCAGGCUUUCUCGAUAUUGCAAACACACACUUUAAUACACACAGAUGGCAGUGUGUGUGCGUGCAGGAUUUUCCUAGUUUAUUGGUUUUUUUCUUCACUACAAAUGUAUUUUUUUUUUUUUACAAAAUAUUGUAAUUUAAUUUAGCAAUGAUUUAAGGUUUAGGUUGUAUUAAUAAUAAUUAUUACGAUUAUCUUCUUCUUAAUUUAAGUCAAGUUUUAUAACUCCCUUUGUAAAUAGUUGUGUAUGCAAUUUCCAAUAUGUAAGCCGUUAAGUAAAAAAAGAAAAAAAACUUUAAAGAAGGCAUUAUUGUAAUACACAAAAGAGAAAACAAUAACAAAAAUAACAAAAACAAAAAAAGUCAGAAAUAAUAUAACAACAACAACAACGAAUUAGUCGAAAUAUAGCUUACUUCUCUACCUACUCUUUACCGCACUCUCUUAUGCAUGCUUUCACACUCUCUCUUUUAUGCGCGCCAUCACGUUCUCGCUUUAACUUAAUCUCUCACUAUACUCAUAUAUAACUUACGUCGGCAGUCGUGUCGCCCGAACGAUCUUUUUUGCUUAAUAUUCUUAUGAAACGAACUUCGAACUUUGAACUUCGACUUUUGCACUGCUUUUCAAUGUUCUAUAAAUAUUUAUUUUUAUUUUUCGAGUCUUUUCGCUAUCAUUAUCUAACACAAAAGGACUGUGAUUAUAUUAAUUUCCUUGAAUUUUUUUGUAAACAAGAAAAGAAAUAUGUAAUGAAAUUAUAUAAUAAAUACUUAAUUACUGUUA